AUGGGCAGUGGAGCGAGUGCCGAGGAUAAGGAGAUGGCAAAGAAGUCCAAGGAGCUAGAAAAGCAGCUCCAGGAAGAUGCCGACAAGGAAGCCAAGACAGUCAAGCUGCUGCUGCUGGGUGCUGGUGAAUCUGGGAAAAGCACCAUUGUAAAGCAGAUGAAAAUUCUCCAUCAAGGUGGUUAUACAAAAGAAGAACAAUUGGAAUUUAGAGCAAUCAUCUAUGGCAACAUCCUGCAGUCAGCACUGGCUAUCAUCAGAGGAAUGGAGAUGCUGGACAUUAACUUUGGCUCACCAGCAGCUCAGGAAGAUGCACAAAAGCUUCAGAACCUGUCUGACUCUACUGAGGAGGGCACCAUGCCCCCUGAGUUGGCAGAUGUCAUCAAAAGGCUGUGGAAGGACUCUGGGGUUCAGGCUGCCUUUGAGAGAGCCGCUGAGUACCAGCUGAACGACUCGGCCGGCUACUACCUUAACGAAAUGGACAGAAUCUGCACGAGUGACUACAUGCCCACUGAGCAGGAUGUGCUGCGAUCUCGAGUCAAGACAACUGGUAUCAUUGAAGAGCAGUUCUCCUGCAAAGAGCUCCACUUCAGGAUGUUUGAUGUGGGUGGCCAGAGGUCAGAGAGAAAGAAGUGGAUCCAUUGUUUUGAGGGUGUGACUUGCAUCAUUUUCUGUGGAGCUCUGAGCGCCUAUGACAUGGUGUUGGUGGAGGACGAUGAAGUGAACCGCAUGCAUGAGAGUCUCCAUCUAUUCAACAGCAUCUGCAACCACAGGUUCUUUGCCACAACCUCUAUUGUGCUUUUCCUCAACAAGAAAGAUCUCUUCAUGGAAAAGAUCAAGAAAGUUCACCUCAGUAUCUGCUUCCCUGAGUACGAUGGACCAAAUUCGUAUGAGGACGCGAGCAACUACAUCAAAGCGCAGUUUGAGGAGCUGAACAUGAAGAAGGGUGUCAAAGAAAUCUACUCCCACAUGACCUGUGCAACAGACACAAAGAACGUCGAAAUUGUGUUCAACGCUGUGACAGACAUCAUCAUCAAAGAAAACCUCAAGGACUGCGGUCUAUUCUAA